CCUUAGCUUGCAUGUUGACAUUGUCAGUUACGUUGAUCGAAAAGGGCAACGUAUAAAAUAACCAAAUUUAGUGGGCUCAAAGACACCCAUUCUCUCCAAAUUUCUCACUUGUUACUGGAAACUGGUAACAGAAUUAAGUGGCACCAGAAAGGCAAUGUGACAAAUUCUCACCUUUUGAGAAAAUCAAGAAAUCAGAAGCAAGAUUGUCCAGUUAGUUGGUUUGCCAUUAGGUCCAGAGAAGAGCAAAAAUAUUAGAAAUUGUUUUUAUAAUUUCUGUCUAUAAAUAAUAUUCCUCACUUUUGAAAGCAUUACACUUACUAUACUUUAUACGUCCCGUCACAAUUUACAAACACCAAGAAAAGAUCAUGGAGAUCCAGAGAUUAUUGAUGAUUCUAGGCUCUGUGGCAUUAAUAAUCUCAGUGUUUGAGAGUCAUCCAACAUUUGGGUCGUCCAACAUGAGAGGUCCUUUUGGCUUUGUUAAUGGGGGUGAUAAUGGAUUGACUAAUGCUGCAGCACCAAGUGAAAUGUGUGCCACCUGAGUGACUAUUCGUGGUUAUAAGUGCCAGGAAUAUGAGGUGACUACUGAUGAUGGGUACAUACUGGGUGUGCAAAGAAUUCCGGAAGGCCGUGUAGGUGGUGGCGGGCAAAACAGGCACAGGCAGCCAGUUUUAUUGCAGCAUGGAGUACUGGUGGACGGAGUAACAUGGCUGAUGAAUUCUGCCGAACAAUCGCUGCCAAUGAUCUUAGCAGACAGCGGCUUUGAUGUUUGGAUUGCCAACACCAGAGGAACAAGAUAUAGCCUUCGCCAUCUCAAUCUUGAUCCUAAAGAUCCCGACUACUGGAAUUGGUCAUGGGAUGAUCUUGUAGUCCAUGACUUACCUACUGUUGUUAACCUUGUCUACAAACAAACUGGACAGAAAAUUCACUUCGUGGGCCAUUCAUUGGGAACUUUGAUAGCUUUGGCAUCACUCUCAGAAGGAAGACAACCAGACAAGAUAAAAUCAGCAGCUUUGCUCAGCCCAAUUGCUUACUUGAGCCAUAUGACCACUGCACUUGGUGUCAUUACUGCCAGAUCCUUUAUUGGCGAGAUCAGUACAAUGUUUGGUCUUGCAGAAUUUAAUCCAUCAAGUGAGCGUGUGUCUAAUUUUGUCAAGGCCUUGUGUGCUCAGCCUGGGAUUAACUGUUUUGACUUCCUGACUGCAGUUACCGGGAAGAACUGUUGUCUAAAUGCCUCCACGAUCGAUUUUUUCUUGAAGAACGAGCCUCAACCCACAUCGACUAAGAACUUUGUACAUUUGGGUCAAACUGUUAGAGAUGGAAUGAUAAGGAAAUUCGACUACGGAACGAAUAAGAAUUUGGCACAUUAUGGUGAAGCUAAACCUCCAGAGUAUAAUUUAGGAAAUAUCCCUCGAGACCUUCCUCUGUUUAUCAGCUAUGGUGGCCAAGAUGCACUAUCUGAUUCCAAAGAUGUGGAGACUUUACUGGAUCACCUCAAGUUCCACGAUGUGGGCAAGUUACAUGUUCAAUAUGUCAAGGAGUUUGCUCAUGCUGAUUUCAUUAUAGGAACUACUGCUAAGGAUAUUGUCUUCAACAAGAUUGUCACCUUCUUUAAAAACCAACAAUAAGCUACUAUAUUGAUGGAGUUUCUGCAUUGUACUAAGGUCCGUUUGCAUGCGCCUCAAGUGUUAAAGAGAAUUUUAUGUACUAGUAUAUAUUACCCCCUUUUAUAAUUCUUAAUGAGUAUGUCAAAAUCUUAAACUCCAAAUAAAUAUGAGGGAGUAACGAGCCGAGAUUGUUGAAACUCACUAGACUUCAGAUGUGAAUCUAUCUGAUUCAGCAGGGAAGAACUUGCACCAGUAUUUCUAUUUCGGCUUAAA